GCUUCGCGUCUGCGCUGCUGCUGCUAUUUCCAUUUCCUUUGCAUCCAUUUCCGGGGGGACAGAGCGGAGGGGUCGCCUGCGUUGCUUCGCGUGGGUAGCGUGCUUCGUUUAGUAGGCCUCUCGCCAAUUUCCGAGGUCGACGGCGACGUGCGCUCGGCGGACGGGCAGACAAAAUCUAGAGAGCCUUGGGCUUGUUGCCAGGCGCGCCUGUACGUAACGUACGCGCCGUUGUGGGAGACAGCCACUUGCUCUCGCCUCCAAUGGCCGAGAUCUGCUGCGAGGAAGCCAAGUCCACGCCGGCAACCGCCGUGGCUGCGGCUUCAGUCUCCGCGGCGGCCGCCGCCGUGGCAGUCGCCUCCUCGGCGUUGGAGAGGAGGCGACGCAGGUUGGAGAUGAGGAGGUUCCGCGUCGCGACUGAUCCCGAGGCGCCGGUCGCGGAGGACGUCCGCGCUACCAAGCGGCAGAGGCUGCUGGCGCGCACGGUGUCCGGCUCCUGCCCCGACGCGGGCUCGGACUCCGACAGGCCGGCCCUGCCGGAGCGGUUGCCUAGGUACGGGGUCACCUCCGUCUGCGGCCGACGGCGCGAGAUGGAGGACAUGGUCUCCAUCAGGCCGGACUUCCUGCCCGGCACCAGCACGCAACACUUCUUCGGCGUCUUCGACGGCCACGGCUGCUCCCACGUAGCGACGCUGUGCCAGGACAUGAUGCAUGAGGUGGUCGCGGACGAGCACAGGAAGGCUGGUUGUGGCGAAGAGACGGCGUGGAAGGGCGUCAUGGAGAGGAGCUUCGCGCGAUUGGACGAGCAGGCCGCCAGCUGGGCGACCAGCCGCAGCCGCGACGAGCCCGCCUGCCGGUGCGAGCAGCAGAUGCCCUUGCGUUGCGAUCACGUGGGGUCCACCGCCGUGGUCGCCGUCGUCAGCCCCACACACGUAGUCGUCGCCAACGCCGGCGACUCCCGUGCCGUCCUCUCCCGCGCCGGCGUCGCCGUUCCGCUCUCUGUCGACCACAAGCCUGAUCGACCUGACGAGCUGGCCCGCAUCGAGGCGGCGGGCGGCCGCGUCAUUUACUGGGAUGGUGCUCGUGUUCUCGGCGUCCUCGCCAUGUCUCGAGCCAUAGGCGAUGGAUACCUAAAGCCGUUCGUGUCGUCGGAGCCGGAGGUAACGGUGACGGAGCGCACCGACGACGACGAGUGCCUGAUCCUGGCCAGCGACGGCCUGUGGGACGUCGUGACCAACGAGAUGGCGUGCGAGGUCGUCCGGGCGUGCUUCCGCAGCAACGGCCCGCCGCAGGCGCCGGCCGCUCGGCCGAACGGCGUGGCUGCCCUCCCGGCAGCCGACGCGGACGACGAGAACGGACCCGCGGUUGUCAAGGGCGUGAGCAAGGAGGAUUCCGACAGGGCGUGCUCCGACGCGGCCAUGCUGCUGGCGAAGCUGGCGCUGGCCCGGCGGAGCGCCGAUAAUGUUAGCGUGGUCGUCGUGGAUCUCCGCCGAGGCAUAUGAUGAUCCUUGGAGCAGAGCAAAAUCAUAUGCUCCAUGAUUGCUUUCUUUUAGCCCUUUUCGAAAUCCAACCUAAUUUCUCCCCCAUUUUUCCCAUCCUUCUGUUUUGAUUUAGUAUUAAUAGUAGUUACUAAUCAGAUGAAUAUAGACGCUUCUCAAACGAGGUACUAAAGCUAAUCAGGAACAAGGAACAAAAAAACAGCGAAUUGUUGGA